UAUGGAGCAGAACGGCAGAUAAUCUUUAGUUGUGUUUUGGAACAAUGCUAAGCAUUCAUUGUUCGUCGAGUCCUCUAUCAGCCGUUUCGCGUUUGCGCUGCGUAUAGUGAGUGACAUCGAUAUGUCAAUAAUUGUAAAGUACGAAAUUUUAUAAAAAGUAUAUGAUGUCGUAGAAGUACAUCAAGAUAUUUGCAAAGUCAUUGUAGUUGCGAUAGUGAUUAGGUUAUGAAAAAGUCAAACAAAUACUGGACAGGUGUGGGUAACAUUUCAACAGUGUGUUUGUCCGAGGUGAAGAGGGACCGUGAGGACCUCGAAGACAGUCUUCCGACCUUUUACAUGAAGGAACAGGAUAUUCCUGAAUAUUUGGAAGGCUGUGGUUUAACCACCUGUACAGCCGAUAUGCCCGAGGACGUCACUGUCCUGCGGGAUAAUAAAGAACAGAUGAAAGAAAAAAAAUUAUCCUCCGCGUCCAUAGCAGGUCCCGACACCAAGAAAACGGUAACUGUCAAGCAUCCUGAAUCUAACAAACCAAAGCCAACUACGAAGAAAGGCAAACCGAUACAAGCCGACUUGGAUGUUUCCAAAGAAUUUAUAAGAUGUAGAGAUGAGUGCGUGGAACGGCUGGAUUUAAGUAAAUCAAGCAUCACACAUCUGCCUAGUACUGUACGAGAUUUGACGCAUUUAGUCGAAUUUUAUCUAUAUGGUAACAAACUUGUAACCUUACCACCAGAAAUUGGUUACCUUGCCAAUUUGGAAACACUGGCUUUGAGUGAAAAUUCCCUUACAAGUUUGCCAAGUACAUUAGAAAACUUAAAGUCGUUAAGAGUACUCGAUCUCAGGCAUAAUAAAUUAUGUGAAAUACCUGAUGUUGUUUAUACAUUAACUAAUCUCACAACUCUGUAUUUACGUUUCAAUCGUGUCAGAUAUGUCAGCGACAACAUAAAAAACUUGACAAAUUUGACAAUGCUGAGUUUGAGGGAAAACAAAAUCAAGGAACUUCCAGCAGGUAUUGGCAAGUUGAUUAAUUUGAUAACAUUCGAUGUGUCUCAUAACCACCUGGAGCAUUUACCUGAAGAGAUUGGAAAUUGUGUCCAAUUAUCUACACUUGAUUUGCAACACAACGAGCUUUUGGAUAUACCAGACACAAUCGGGAACUUAACUUCUUUAACAAGAUUAGGUCUUAGAUAUAAUAGAUUAACUAAUAUUCCAAAGUCAUUGGCAAAGUGUAAAUUAAUGGAUGAGUUUAGCGUGGAAGGAAAUCAGGUGUCCCAACUGCCAGAUGGUUUACUAUCAAGUCUUUCUGACUUGACAUCGAUUACACUGUCCAGGAAUGCCUUCACCGCAUAUCCAUCAGGAGGACCAGCCCAGUUUACAAAUGUUUAUUCUAUCAAUCUUGAACAUAAUACGAUUGAUAAAAUACCAUAUGGUAUUUUCUCCAGAGCAAAAAACCUAACAAAAUUAAAUAUGAAGGAAAACCAAUUAACUGCUCUACCUUUAGAUAUUGGUACAUGGGUCAAAAUGGUUGAAUUAAAUUUAGGUACAAAUCAGCUAACAAAAAUUCCAGAUGAUAUUAAAUGCCUUCAAAGUUUAGAAAUCUUAAUACUUUCUAAUAAUUUGUUAAAACGUAUUCCUGCCAGUAUAGCAGACUUACGCAAACUCAGAGUUUUAGACCUUGAAGAAAAUAAAAUUGACUCUUUACCUAACGAAAUUGGUUUCUUACGAGGCUUACAAAAAUUAAUUUUGCAAAGUAAUCAGGUGACCACUUUGCCAAGAGCAAUAGGUCACCUGACAAAUUUAACGUAUUUGAGCGUAGGAGAAAACAAUCUUAAUUACUUACCUGUAGAGAUUGGUACGCUAGAAAAUUUAGACUCAUUGUAUAUAAAUGAUAAUGCAAACUUACAUAAUUUGCCAUUCGAAUUAGCUCUAUGCACAAAUCUCAGUAUUAUGUCAAUUGAAAAUUGUCCGCUAUCGCAAAUCCCACCAGAAAUAGUCGCUGGAGGCCCUUCCUUAGUAAUUCAAUUUUUAAAAAUGCAAGGACCUUAUCGAUCUAUGUAACAAAAUUAGAGAAUUGUCUCCUGUAUGACCUAGAUGUCGAUUCUUAGUAACAGUGAUACAGAAACAGAUGAUAUUUGAUACAAAUAUUUAUUAACUUAAUUUCUCACCGUAAUGAUCUCACAUCAAUGAAAAUUAUAUGAAUAUUAUCGAUACAUAAUAUAUGAAAAAUGCAUAUAUUUGUAUUCUCAUAAAAUGAAUAACAUACAUCUGCGAUACGUUUUCAAUAUAAAAAGAAGAAACAUAUGUACAGAUAUACUAUGAAAUUGGUGCUGAAUUGGGAAUAUGCACAAUGAGUGAAGAAGCUAUAAAGGAAUAAAACCAUAAUAAGAUAUUUUAGAUACAGUAACAAUAUAAAUUAUAUUGACAUUUUUAUUAAUAUAAAACAUAUGUAGUUUGAUAAUUCGUUCAUUUAUUUUGUUUUUUGUAUGUAUAUUGUUUAGCAAUAUAAUAAAAUAUAAUAAUAAUUAA